AUGCAUCCAUCUUUUAAUAAUAAUAAUAAUGUAUUAAGGCAACAACAACAACAACAGCAGCUACAUCAACAACAAUUGUAUUAUCAACAACAACAACAACCUCAGGUACAACAACAACAACAACAACAGCAUCAACAACAUGACAUUCAUACAAUGAAUCACAUGUUGAAUCAAAUGAGUGGACAUCACCAACAACAACAUCAAAUGUCAAUACCAAAUGAUGAUGUAGUAGUAUCACCUACUUCAUCUACAACAACAUCUACAUCAUUGGCAUCGUCAACAUCAUCUUCAUUGUCAUCGUCCAGAAAGAAAGGAACAAUCAAAGAGAUAGUCGAUGAGAAUGAUCUAGAUCAAUCGAUAAGCGAUACAGUCGGCGGUGUACAACUACCAAUUAAUAGCGAUGAUGACGAACAACAUGAACAACAAUGUCAGGGUAUUGUACAACAUGGUGAUGAUGAUCAUCAUCUACUUAGUCAUCCAAUGUUGGGUGAGCCACUACAUCAUCAACAACAUCACGACCUAUAUAUACAACAACAACAACAACCUUUAUACAACAACAACAAUAAUAGUCGACUUCAACAACAUCCAGCUCAAGUGAUGGCACAUGGAAAUGAUAUGUCUCUCGCAUGGAAUCAACCAAACACUCAUCUACAUCAUCCAAUUGGUAUGAUGCAGCAACAACAAAUGCAACAACAGUUACAACAUCAACAACAACAUCAACAACAACAGUUGGGUGGUACGUACAGCUUCAGCAGUAGCAGCAGUAGUAUAAGCAGUAUUAGCAGCAGCAGCAGCAGUACAAGUAGCUUCUCAUCGAGUAUUGUCGGACCGCAACAGGACAGUCUGUUCUACAGCACUUCGUCAUCAAUGUCCUACGGCAAUGGCAUGCCGAUACAGUUCAGGUCGUCGCAGACACAGGUCAACGGCGCGUUUGUCGAGCAGCACAACAUUGCCAUCGACGGACAGGACCAGACCGAGAAGAUGUCCAUCUACCGCGGCAUUGGCGAUCGAGCGAGGAUGGUGCAGCGCGAGCGCAAGAGUGACGGACUGUUCGAGUCGUCCGAGACCGUCAAGAACAUCCCGCUGGAACAGGGCGAGCAGUUUGAUCAUGAGUUUGCUCACAGAGUACCGUUCCAAAUGCGAAGUCAGUAUGGCAAUGGCAGUGUCAAUGGCAAUGUCAACAACAACAGUGGAGGCACUGGUGGCUUUGGACAUCGAAUAGACACCUCUUCCGGCACCAACUAUUGA